AUGGUCUCUCUGCACCAGGACAGCCGGGAGGAGGGUGUCUGCCCCAUCUGCCAGGAGCGCCUGAAGGAGGCCGUGAGCACUGACUGUGGACACCUCUUCUGUCGACUGUGCCUGACGCAGCAUGCGGAGAAGGCCUCAGCCUCUGGAGUCCUCUGCUGCCCCCUCUGCCGGAAGCCCUGUUCUGAGGGAGUGCUGGGGUCAGGCUACAUCUGCCACAGUCACCAGAAGAGGGUGUGCAGUUUCUGUGAGGAGAGCAGACUCCUUCUGUGUGUGGAAUGCCUGGUGUCCCCUGAACACAAGUCUCACCUCGAGCUGGCCAUUGAAAAUGCCAUCAGUCACUACAAGGAACGACUCAACCGCAGGAGCAGGAAGCUCAGAAAGGACAUUGGAGAACUUCAGCGGCUCAAGGCUCAGGAAGAGGAGAAGCUGCGGGCUCUGCAGGUAGACCGUGGGAACCACAGGCUGGAGGUUGAGCUGGAGAGUCAGCACCAAACCAAGGGGCAGCUUGGUGUUGCUCCUCAGCAGCAGCUGGACCAGCUGGAGGAAAAACCAGCAGUGGUGUCCAGAACCCUUGACAUCUCCAGGGCAGUGAUGCAGAUCAGCAGCGUGGUCACUGAUCUGGAGAGAACAGCCAAGGAGCUAGACGCCAACACACUGAAGAACGCCAGUGACUUAUUGAGCAGGAGUGCUCCACAGAAAUUAGAGGAUAUUUAUCCUGAGCUGGAGAAAAGAGUCAACAAAUUGGUUCUUCGCCCAUCCUCAGAAGCUCUCUCCUGUUCAUCCCUGGACCACCUCAUCUCAGACUCACCUCAGCCUCCUCUCUCUCUCCUACCUCCAACCCAUCCAGCCUCUCAUUAG